UGUUCCGCCUCCGUCCGGGUGACGGCGCUGCCGCCCACGGGCCGGUCCUGACCCCGGAUCGACUUCCGGGUCGGGGAAGCGAGAGUCGAUUCAGUGUGAACACGUGCGGUGCCAUGAAGCCGGACCUGGCACUGUCCCUCCUCACUCUGCUGCUGAGUGCACUCAGCUCCCGCUCCCACGGCGACGGUGAGAAGAAGAAGCUGCAGAUCGGCAUCAAGAAGCGGGUGGACAACUGCCCCAUCAGGUCCCGCAAGAGCGACACGCUGCACAUGCACUAUACGGGGAAGCUGGAGGAUGGGACAGAGUUCGACAGCAGCAUCCCCCGCGGGACCCCCUUCACCUUCACCCUGGGCACCGGGCAGGUCAUCAAAGGCUGGGACCAGGGCCUGCUGGGGAUGUGUGAGGGGGAGAAGAGGAAACUGGUGAUUCCGUCCGAGCUGGGGUAUGGCGACCGAGGGGCCCCACCCAAGAUCCCAGGCGGAGCGACCCUGGUCUUCGAGGUGGAACUGCUGAAGAUCGAGAGACGGUCGGAGCUGUAGGCAACCUUGGUCACACCCUCCCCUCCCUUGCCGGGACCCCUGGGGCAGGGAAUCACCCCCCUCCCCAACCGGCUCGUGCAGUGGGGGCGACGGUCGGCGGUUCGACACCGGGGUUGUGGGAGGAGGCUGAGGGUUGCGGGGUCUGUUGUCACCCUGUCCCCACCCCCCCCACCAUCCGUGUCUCCCAGUCCCUCCUCCCACACCCCCGGGCUCGCUGUUCCUGAGUUAUCCUGCUUCCACUCUCCGGAAUGUUGAGCUCAUCCCAAAUUCUGCUGCUCCCGUGUCCCGGAUCAAACUGUCCUGUUCCUCAACACUUCCCCGUCUCUGUGACCCCCUCCAGCCCCUACACCCCUCCCCGUCACUGUAACCCCCUCCGGCCCCUACACCCCUCCCUGUCUCUGUAACCCC